AAUGAACAUAAAAGAAGCAGAAGAAGAAGCUGCCGUUAAACCCGAAGAAGAAGAAGAAGCCGGACCCUUCUCCAACAACAAUGGCGUCCUCCAUGACGGGAGACGGCGUGAGUGAAGCACAAACGGGGAAAAAAUCGAAAAAGACUAAAAACCACACGGAUGAUUCUGAACUCCUGAGUGUUCCUGAUGGAUGGAAAGAGGCGUCUUUCACCAGAGAGGACAACCCCCGUGGUCUGCUGGAGGAGAGCAGCUUCGCCACCCUCUUCCCCAAAUACAGAGAAGCCUACCUAAAGGAGUGCUGGCCGCUUGUGGAGAAGGCUUUAGGAGACACACAUGUCAAAGCCACACUGGACCUGAUCGAGGGAAGCAUCACAGUUUGCACCUCGAAGAAAACGUUUGACCCGUACGCCAUCUUGAGAGCCAGAGACCUCAUCAAGCUGCUGUCCAGGAGUGUCCCCUUCGAACAGGCUGUGCGGAUAUUACAGGAUGACAUGGCAUGUGACAUCAUCAAGAUCGGGACCCUGGUUAGGAACAGAGAGCGGUUUGUGAAGCGAAGGCAGCGGCUGAUUGGCCCCAAGGGCUCCACACUAAAAGCGUUAGAGUUGUUGACCAACUGCUAUGUGAUGGUGCAAGGCAACACGGUGUCGGCCCUCGGGCCCUUCAACGGUCUGAAGGAGGUGCGCAAAGUGGUGAUGGACACGAUGAAGAACAUUCACCCCAUCUACAACAUCAAGACACUGAUGAUUAAGCGGGAGCUGUCCAAAGACGAAGACCUGCGGCUGCAGAGUUGGGAACGCUUCCUGCCAAAGUUCCGCCACAAGAACCUGGCCAAGCGCAGGGAACCCAAGAAGAAGAGUGUGAAGAAGGAGUACACGCCGUUCCCUCCGCCACAGCCGGAGAGCACGGUUGACAGGGAGCUGGCCACAGGAGAAUUCUUCCUGCGUGAAAGUGUGAAAAAGAGGAAGAAGAUGGAAGAGGUCAAGGUGAAACAAGCAGAGGCUCUGACCAAGAAGCAGGAAGAGCGGAACAAAGCUUUCAUUCCUCCGAAAGAGAAGCCUUUAAUGAAGAAGACCAUGAAAGCUCCUACAGAAAGCAAGCUGGACAUCGAAGCCAUUAAGGAGAAAGUGAAAAAAGCCAAAACCAAGAGACUGGGGGCUCCACCAGUGAACCCGGCUCCCCCCACCAGCAGCACCACCGGCAAGAAGAAGAAGAAGAGCAAAACAAAAAACAAAGGCUGAACAGACUUGCACCCUCAGCUGUGCACCAUGUGGUGUGUUUAAGGACUCUGUACGGACACAGGAAGGUCCUGCACAGUUCAAUGGACCAUGGACGUUUCUAUUGGACUUCGUUUGUUAGGAGGAUUUCCUCUUCAUAUUUCAUAGUGUUAUCUUAUAUCUGGAGACCAGAGCACCAGUGAGUGAUGACGUGUUCCUCAUGUCUGCUUCAUUUGUCUUCUAUUGUUCUGACUUUGUAUAGUCGGUAUUUAUAGGUUUCAUAACAUUCUGCUCUCUUCCCGUACGUCUGAGUUCAGGAGGAGGCGACUCACAGAUGGAAAUGUAAAAUAAAGAAGAUUUUUAACAACCUG